AUGGGGCUAAGACCUACGCAGCAAGACUGGCCAGCUCAGAUAGGGCUAAGAAGACAAGACUGGCCAGCUCAGAUAGGGCUAAGACUGGCAAGCUGGCCAAAUGGGGCUAAGACCCACGCAGCAAGACUGGCCAGCUCAGACAGGGCUAAGACCUACGGAGCAAGACUGGCCAGCUCAAAUAGGGCUAAGACCUACGCAGCAAGACUGGCCAGCUCAAAUAGGGCCAAGACUCACGCAGCAAGACUGGCCAGCUCAAAUAGGGGCAAGACCUACGCAACAAGACUGGCCAGCUCAGAUAGGGCUAAGACCUACGCAGCAAGACUGGCCAGCUCAAAUAGGGCUAAGACCUACGCAGCAAGACUGGCAAGCUCAGAUAGGGCUAAGACCUACGCAGCAAGACUGGCCAGCUCAGAUAGGGCUAAGACUCACGCAGCAAGACUGGCCAGCUCAGAUAGGGCUAAGACCUACGCAGCAAGACUGGCCAUCUCAGAUAGGGCUAAGACCUACGCAGCAAGACUGGCAAGCCCAGAUAGGGCUAAGACCCACGCAGCAAGACUGGCCAGCUCAGAUAGGGCUAAGACCCACGCAGCAAGACUGGCCAGCUCAGAUAGGGCUAAGACCUACGCAGCAAGACUGGCCAGCUCAAAUAGGGCUAAGACCUACGCAGCAAGACUGGCCAGCUCAAAUAGGGCUAAGACCUACGCAGCAAGACUGGCAAGCUCAGAUAGGGCUAAGACCUACGCAGCAAGACUGGCCAGCUCAGAUAGGGCUAAGACCUACGCAGCAAGACUGGCCAGCUCAAAUAGGGCCAAGACCUACGCAGCAAGACUGGCCAGCUCAGAUAGGGCUAAGACCUAG